AUGCAUCGGAAAGGAGAUAAACACGCCGGACCUCGCGCAAUACGAAGUGGCGAGGAGGUCUACGUCAAACUUCAGUCGUCAGCUAAUGAAUCGGUGCAUGAGUGUGUGACGUCGACAAGCCAAAACCUUAUGGACAUGUUGUUAGGGAGGACAAUACGCUGUAAUUUAGACCAUAUAAGAACUAGAAAGCAUGGGCGAGAUUUGGAACAAACACCGGAGUUGACAGCGCAGGUGGACUCCGGAUUGAAGCAAGAGUUUGAGAACAGCUACAGAUUCUCCAAAGUGCCUACGCCGAUCAGCAAAGGAAUCAAAGCUGGUCGAACGCUACUAAGCUGGAGUUGGUCAAAUCUAGCGGUGACCGAAACUGCGGCAGCUACAACCACUGUACAACGAACAUCCAUUAAGCUAUUGAAAGUAUAUUUUGAGUGCAACGCCUGUGACACUUGCUUGCUGUUGCGUAAGACAAGUGAAAGACCAUAUGAGCUACCAGGCCCGUGGAAAGUUCACGCAACCAGGUGGCUGUUGAUCUGUUCGCCGAGCUUGGCAAUUGAUUUGCAAACGUUUCAUCACCACUCGAGUAGACAUCUUCAGUGCGCACAUCUUCAACGGCGCACUGAAGAUGUCUCCUUGAAUGGUGACGAAACGUUUGCAAAUCAACUGCCAAGCUCGGCGAACAGAUCAACAGCCACCUGA